UCGCGCUUUCAGUCUGUGUUCAGCGUGUCGACCGCGUAUCGACACGUUCUCAAUCACUUUUUAUACUUUCAACAUAUUCAAAAUUUGUAGAACAAACGUGAAGCGAAGCUACGAAUUUGAAUAACUCGAAGAGCAUGUAUGCUCGCACGGAUUAUCAAAAAUAAACGCUAGACAAAGUGAGACUAACCGAACAAAAUGGAUAAAUUAAUGAUAUUUAUCGUACUUUGUUGUUCAGUGGGAUUUUUGCAAUGCAAUGCAGAUAAUUUGGAGAAGAAACGGGGUUAUGUGUUUACAAUACCAUAUAAACUUCCAAUUGGUGUAACUACGACAGGAUGCAUAUCUUUGCAAAACGUAGAACCACCAGCGUAUAUUACUACCGAAUUAUUGCACCAAAGCAAAGUAAUUUCCACUGCCAGCUACAAUUUAACAACAGGUACUAAAGCAUGUUUGAAACUGAAUGUUCCGAUGAUAAAAACAACGGAUGCGAAGAUUCGACUUACGAUCAAAUUUGCUAAAUACCCUGAUAAUGUAGUGUAUGAGGAGAGAAAAGUCGAAAUUACUCAACAUUCCCGCUUCAUUGUCGUGCAGACGGAUAAAGGAAUGUACCGGCCUGGUGAAGAAGUUAUUAUCCGCGCAUUGCAAUACAAUCAAGAUUUCACGCCUGUGAAUGAACCGAUUCCAUACAUGUAUAUAAAAAAUCCGACGGAUAAUACGAUAAUUGAAUGGAAAAAGCUGAGUACGGAAAAUGGGAUGAGGCAGAUGAAGUUCUAUUUGAGUUCGGGUGCGAAAUUGGGAAAAUGGGUCAUUUUGACGAAGAUGUACCCAAACGUUGAUCAUUAUACUCUUUCUCAUUUUGAAGUUAGAGCUGAAGGUUAUAUAAACUAUGAGGUAAAAAUAAUUCCUCCGCCCUAUAUACUGGCAGAUGCACCAAAACUAACAUGGAAGAUAUGUGUCAGAUACAAUUACGGUGUGCCAGUAAGAGGUACUUUAGUGACAAAGUUAACUCCGUACGCACCUGACGGGACAAACCCCUUGGAAGAGACGGUUAAAAAGAUCGAGUUGAAGUCGUCGGAUGGAUGUACUUUGGAGACAAAGAUAAUUCCAUGUGCACCUAAAACGCCAAAUCCCUUUGAAGAGGUGAUUAAAAAACUCGAGCAUGGAAGUACUUUGGUGAGGAAGUUAACUCCGUAUACACAUAACGCGCCAAACCCCUUUGAAGAGAUGGUUCAACACUUGAAUUCACCGGAUGGAUGUACGGAAAUUGUAACUUCCGGAGCAGUUCUUAAUUUGGAUCGAUGGAGUGUCCUGCCCAUAGAAAUAGAUUUGACGGCGAAUUUUACGGAGUACGAAACAGGAAUUACGCAAAGCGAUUUUUCUAGGACGGAAAUUUUGUACGAAUCCAUCAAAUUAAAAUUCGCACCGACUAUGCCCAGAUACUUUAAGCUGGACGCGCCUUAUCAUGGAAAAAUAAUAGUUUUAAAACCGGACAAUACUCCAGUUCCAAACGAGAUAAUUCAACUUUGCAUAGAAACUACCGGAAAUGAUGACUAUAUUCGACACGUUCAAGAGUGUCGCGACUUCACAUCUUCUUCUGACGGUUCUGUUGACUUUAUCAUACCACCCCAACGCAGAAAUACCACUUCGUUAACUAUAAUUGCAUCUGCAGUUAAUUAUCCAACGAAAUAUUACUUCAAGCCUGAUCACUGGAAGAACUUCAUGAAUCAACCUGUAGCGCAAAUUAUCUUGUAUCCGUUAUACUCUGCAUCUAAUAGUUACGUAGUUGUAAUCGAAGAAAAGGAACGCCCAACAUGUUUCAAAAACUAUACUGUCAACGUGAUGUAUACGCUACCUGAUUGCACUGAAUACGAGAGUCCCAUUACAUUCCAUUACUCUGUGAAUUCGAGAAGCGGUAUUUUGUUGGACGAACACAUAACACAUCAGCCAAAUGCAGAUACAGUAUUGGACUAUUCGCAGGUUGACAAUUUAUUGGGUGCUCUGAAAGCUUCUCGAAAGAGAUACUGUCUGGAUCCUCUUGUACACAGAUUUCAAAUAACCAUACAAAUAACACCAGACAUGGCCACAAGGUCCGAAUUACUGGUUUAUUACGUGCGACCGGAUGGUGAAAUCGUGUCUGCAAGCCACGUAAUAAACGUCGAUUAUUGUUACAAUAACAAUGUGAAUGCCGAAUGGAAUACCACCAUUGUUUAUACACCAGGAGAAAAUGUUAAAUACAUUGUACAAGCUGCACCAGACUCUCUUUGUACAAUAUCACUCGUUGAAUCAGUACCUGAUCUACCCGGAAUACCAUAUUACAAGAUUGAUGAUAACAAAGUGUUCAGCGAGGUGAUGAACAAUAAUCCAAUUUCUAUGGAGGGCAUCAUGUUACAGUCUGGUUGUAAAGAUAUUACGGACAAUACAAAGAAGAGAGAACUUGCGGAAAACCGAGUGGAUGUUCUGAAUCAUGGGCCAGUUCAUUAUGUAUAUGAGAUGCAAGCUUUCAAUGAUUUCGGAGCGCUGGUGAUGACGAAUAUGAAACAAUCCACACAAUCAUGUUCGCAAGUAUUUACAAAAAAACUGCCUAACAACGAACCGCCCUCACGUGAUAUAUCGGUUAAAAAAAGUAUAGCUGAAAUUUCUCUGCUUAAGUCAUACUUCCCGGAAACAUGGUUUUGGGACCUCGAGCCUCUUGAAAAUAUGAGCAAUAUAUCAAUAGACCAUCUGUACGUACCGGACAAGAUGGGUACUUGGACCGCCCAUACAGCAUGCAUGUCGCCAACACGUGGUCUGGGAAUAGCACCAAUACGAAUCUUACAAGAUAGACGACCUUUCUUCUUCGAUUAUGACGUACCACCUGUUACGAAAGUUGGCGAAAUGAUAAUCGUGAACAUCACCAUCCACAACUACUUGAACCGGAAAAUACCUGUCACUCUCAAGAUGAAAAUGGACGGAUUCGAUGUCUAUCGUUCGCAGCUAAAUAUAUCUUUUUGCGUACAACCACUAGACACAUUACACUACCAAUACUUUAUAAUACCACGGAAGAUUGGAUUAUAUAAUGUUGUAGCUCACAUUUCUAUUGACAAGGAGAAUACUAUAUUCUGCGCCGGACCAGAUAUACCUGACUCACGGAUCGAGGUUACGAAACCAGUUAAAGUUGUGGGAGAAGGUUUCGAAGUAGAAAGAUCGACCACAGCGUUGCUUUGUACGGUGAACGCUUCUAUUGAUUUGAAAUACACGUUCAAUGUGACAUACCCCACCGAGGUAUAUGUCAUAGAGGAGACUAUAGAAUCGAGCCUGUUUGUGGUAGGAAAUAUGCUAGGAUUGACACCUGAUAAUUUGAAAGAACUCGUCAAAGUACCGACUGGCUGUGGUGAACAGAAUAUAGCUAAGUUCGUGCCAAAUAUAUUCGUGAUAACGUUUAUUGAUACUCUGAAGAUCAGACAUAUCACGAUGCGAGGAAGUGCGAUCAGUAAUUUAGAACGAGGAUAUCAGACGGAGCUCAACUAUAGAGUUAACGAUGGUUCGUACUCAACAUUCGUAAACUCUCCAAGUUCCAUAUGGCUGACCGCGUUCGUGUUAAAAGCGUUUGCAUUGGCUCAAAAAUAUAUCUACAUCAGUAAAACUGAACUUCAGCAAACUGCAGACUGGAUUGUGAAACAACAGUUGCCUAAUGGCUGUUUCCCCAUGAUAGGAUCACUUGUUCACAAAGAUAUGAAGGGUGGUCUUGAAAAUGACGAUUCAACGGCGCCACUGACAGUCUUCAUCUUAAACUCGCUGCUCGAAUCGAACCUUACAGUACCAAACGCUACAAUCGAAAAUGCAAUGUCUUGCAUAGAAAGAGAAAGGGCUUAUCUCAACAGUAGCCUGUACACCAAGAUUAUGACUACAUACACACUCACUCUGUUGAAUCACACGACUGCUGAAACUGCCGUAAAGGAAAUGCUGAACAUCUCUAAUUCUGGAGUAGAUACACUAUGGUGGGCGGACUCGAAACAUAACUCAUUAGGUUCGAGCAUCGAAAUGACAUCUUACAUGAUUCUUGCGAUGUCGCGGCUGUGCGAGGGUAAAAAUGCGACUGACUCUGCGAAGGCUGUUCGUUGGUUACUGAAGCACAAAAACUCCGCUGGUGGAUUUGUGUCUACACAGGACACAGCGCUGGCUUUACAAGCACUUACCACGUAUGCUGUGCUAGGAGGCAGUAAAUCUGUCAAUCUGAAUAUUUCUGUGAAAGCGGGGCAACUAGAGCGUUCAUAUAAAUUGAAGAAUGACACCGCUAUGACACCUCUGGUUGUUCGUUUUCCUGAUAAACCGCCUUCAGUGAACCUUUUAGUUCAAGGUUACGGCUGCGCUGUGGCACAGAUCAACGUGAAGUACAACAUUCUACCUCAGCCCAGUCAACAUUUCGACGUGUCGGUUACUAUUCGUUCGGUUGUCGCUGGCAAGUGCAACAUACUUGAGUUUACACCUUGUGCCCGAUACAAGGGGUCAGAUGGUUACACCAAUAUGGCUAUACUGGAGGUUUCUAUGUUGACCGGUUACAUGCCUGAUCGAGAUAGUUUGGAUCUGUUACUUACAUCACGAAAGAUACAGAAGUACGAGAUUGAAAAUAAUGAUCUACAUCUUUAUUUCGACAAACUUGUUAAGGAAAACACCUGUGUUUCCUUCAAGGCAAGAAAACAGAUUGAUGUGAACAACUUUAAGCCAACGAAUGUGAAAGUUUACGACUAUUAUCGUCCCGAGCUGUACGCAAUGGCCACGUAUACAAUUAAUCAAGAGUGUAAUACGACAGUACCGACCACUAAGGAUGACAAAUUUUCAAUAUGCGUGCCGGUAAAGAAUACCACAGGAUCUGUCAUUAUAAUACCAAACACAGUAGAUGAUGCGAAUACUACUGAUACAAAUAAGGACGACGAUAAACCGAAGAAGGAACCUGAUUGUCCUGUAUGUGUAGAUAACCUUCCCUUGAACAUCACCGAUGUUUACUGUUCUGCAAAAUCCGUAGGCAAAGUGUAUUUCAGAUCAAAGAGUGAAAUGCAAACAAUAACGGAUAUGAGUCCAUCUCGCAAUGUUAAACGAUCACGUUUUAUUACUAAGUUGAAGAUAGACCCGGAUUGUACCUGUUCAGUGGUAGAGAAAGUCGGAUAUUUGGCGUUAGUCAUAAGCAAGGACAAAGACUAUAUCCCGACGAAACCUAAGGAACUGACACUGGACAAAUCAUAUAUAAUAUACGCUUUGCCCAAUAUCGAAAACCUGCCCUGUGAGGUAGCAGAUGCUCGGGUAGCUUGUUUAAAGGAAAAACGUUUGGAUUGUUUAUAAGCAUUAAAUUCGUGGGUGCAUUGAUCGAGUUUUGGAAUAUUGGAAUAUUUUAGUACAGACAUUAAUAAAUAAUUAAGUGACUUAUAUUUGCUCGACAGAAUAUCCUUGGUAGGACACUGAAAUAAAUACAGAAUUAAUUCAAUUUAACUGCA